CAGCUAGUUGGAUUAGAGAAGUGCGCAUGCGUUAAAGAUGGAGCUCUGUUUCCGGGAAGAACAGCCAGCGGUAAGGAAGAACCGAGGGUUUAUUGUUUAGUUACUACAAAAAUGACAGCCGUUACGAUUUCGCCGGCUGCACAUGGAAUUAUACAAGCUGUAAAUGAAAGCAACCUAUGCAAAAUCGAAAGCUUCCUCAAUGACACAGCGUACAGGGAAGCCAUAGAAAAUUCGUCAAAUUAUAAUAGUCGACUAUGCAGGGAACGACGUCUACGUAUGCCUUUUCUAGAUUCGCAAACAGGUGUAGCACAAAAUCAUUCUGCGUUGUUUAUGUCUGCGAGAGAAAGGCUGCCAGGUUUAUUACACGGUCAAAUAUACACAUAUCCUAGCAAAAGAUGGCGGAAAAAACGGCGGCAAUAUUUGAUGCAUUAUUUGCAUCCAAAAAGAGGACCAAGAGAUACCGAAGAUGGUGUAGAAGGUAUAGAAACUAUAACACAUGUAAAUGAUGAUAGCAAAGAAUCUAUGUCUUUGAAAGAAGAACAUAGUAAAGAUACAUGGUAUUACGAUGACCAAGACAUGCUGGAUAUGGAUACGUACGAAGAACCUGAUGCCGAAAGUGACUAUGACUAUGAAGAAUAUUAUAGCAGUAAAAGGAAACGAAGGAAACCUCGUGGGGGUGGUCACCAUCCUGUACGAAAUCAUCCGUCUUCCACAGAUAGCCCUGGGGGCAAACGUACUAAGGGUGGGGGACGUGGGCGGAAAAAAGCCAACUAUGAUGCAGUUGACACUGAUAAGCCAUUCGUUUGUGACCUAUGCAGCGCACGGUAUAAAACCAGACCUGGUCUGGUCUACCAUUACGGUCAUUCCCACUCUACUUCCUCCGGUGAUCCUGCUAAGGAACUAAGUCCCAGUCCUGCCGAAGUUGAACCUAGGAGCGUUGCAGACACCGCUGCUUCGAACCAGCCAGGUGGUACACGUCGGGGUCGUCAGAACGCAACUACGUCGAGUACUUCGAGCCCCUCCCCCGCAGCGCCUUCCGCGACCGCUGCGGGAGGAGCGUCGACGCCCCAGCCCCAGUCGCAGCCGGCGCCGCAGCAGCCGCAGCAACAGCCCCCGCAGCCGCAGCCUCAGGCAUCGCCAUCACCGCAGCAGCCGUCCCCGGCUCAGCAGCCGCAGGCGACCGCUGCACAGACGACGGUCGCGCCUGCCUCGCCGACGAUACCCGCGACGAAAGAAGAACACCUGCCGGCCGCCUCGUCACCUGGCACGGCUGUACCCUCGCCAUCUUCCUCCUCGGUCAGAGCCGAGGGGCCACCCACUCCAGGAGGGACGAACGAAAAAAAAGCUGGCAAAUCAGCUCAACCCUCCCCUUACUGCGACUUCUGUCUGGGCGAUGCUAGGGAAAAUAAAAAGACCGGCGGCUCCGAGGAGUUGGUCUCUUGCAGUGAUUGCGGUCGCUCAGGGCAUCCGACUUGUUUGCAAUUCACAGCGAACAUGAUCGUUUCUGUUCGCAAGUACAGGUGGCAGUGUAUCGAAUGCAAAUGCUGUUCCAUUUGUGGCACUUCUGACAACGAUGAUCAGCUGCUGUUCUGUGACGACUGUGAUCGUGGAUACCACAUGUAUUGUCUGUCUCCACCUCUUGCAUCUCCUCCUGAGGGCUCCUGGUCUUGCCGUCUGUGCAUAGCAGAAUUUCAUCGCCGUGAUUAAAAGACGGUCUUGUUUCGUAGAUAAGUCACGGAUGUUUCUUUUUUCUUUUUUUUUUUUUUUUUCGUCUAUUCGCUGUGGUGCACUGGCCAUUUUUUUAUUGUCGAAUUAGGAGAGUAUUCGAAAAAGCUCAUUGUCCCUCCUUUUAUGUAGUAUUACGUUAAAAUAGACGCUGAUGUGUACAGCCAUCAAACGAGGAUCUUUUUCUUUUUUCGUUGAUAAGAGAGACGAGUUUCAUCAAUAAAGAGUUGGCACCAUUAAGAAUUCCUUUGUUUGUUGUAAGUUCCAAUUAAUAACGAAGGAAAUAUCGCGAAGUAUUCGUAGAUUGCGUAUAGGCUGCGUUUAGAUAUCUCAGGCACUGGUGAUCUCAAGCAACUAAAAGUAUGAUAACUAACGUAUUAUAAUUUAUAAUUUUAAUGAAGUAGGGUUUAUUCAGUAGAUGUAUGAAAAAAUGUAGCGUUAAAGGGCUGUCCCUGAUAUUGUUUUGUUUGCUCAUAUCGAGAAACGAAUGAACAGCCUCUUUAAAGCUUGCCGUUAAAUGGAACUGAUAAAAAGCAAAUAACUUUAGUAUCAAGGAUCUUCGACAUCCGUUUAGUGUUUAUCGUCGAAUUGCCACACGGUUUUAACUCGAAACGAAACGUAUUUUUUAUUGAUUUUUAAAAGAGAAACGUAAUAUUUAUGAUGUUUUCUUAUUAUCUAUCUUAGAAAGUAGUUAUUGAGAAUUGUGAAAAAAAAAAACGAUAAAUACUCUCCUAGUUCAGGGCCAAUUAACUUUUUAGCCAUUGACAUUCGAAGUUCGGUUGCUUUGACGAUUUCGAGGAUGCUUAAAAGACUUUGAACGAUAUGGAGAUCUCAAACUUUUCCAAAAUUCUUCUAGCUCCUCUUGCUUAUUGUCCUGGUCCAAUCCAUGGUUCAUGAAAGAAGCAAGAGCAAGGAAAAUAAAAUAAAAUAAAAUAAAAUAAAAUUGAUAUUAUAGGAAGAAAAAAAAAAUAAACAUGAUAUUAUAGCAUCUGUUUCAUAAAUAGCGAUAAAAUAGAACACUACCUGUUUAUCUGUAAUGUAUCAUGAUACUAAAGCUUUUACACUUAAUGACACAGCCAUUAGUAGCAGUAUAGCUAUGACAUACAGACUCGCAGUACCGCAGAAAAUUAUAUUCUAUAUGCCCUUUAUUGUUAGCUCAGUAUUUUUAUAUUUUAUAUAUCGAAUGUACUUAAUUUAAGAUACUGUGGUGAUAUUUGGUACUCAUUGAUGUAAUUUGUUUCUUUCUCUCUUUUUUUCUUUUUUUUUUUUUUUUAUCAAUAAUUUUAGGAUCACUUAAUAAAGUGGAAUUGCGUAAUUAGGUAACACGAGAAUUAGUCUAUAAACAAUUUUUGAGUUUGAAUUGAUUGAAAGUGGUGAACUUACAUUUUAUAUUGCUUACCUUUAACACACUGUAUGCAAAUUUGAAUAAACAUUAGUUUAUAUAAACAAACGAAUCACUAACUUCAGACAGUCUUAUUGUGUGCCAUGAAUAUUUUCUCGAGUGCAGGAAGAUAAUACAUAAUGAUAGAGAACUUCUUUGGGUGCUAUAUUUCAGGGAUUACUUUCCCUUUUGAACAUUUUAGGAUAACUUUAUAAGAUUGAAAGUCAUGUCUU